UAGUUAAAUAUCAUCUGAUUAGGGCGGUCAACUUGUAUUAUCGGUUUCCUUGAUUUCCCUUUGGGGCCAAAAUGUAAAAAUUGUGGAAAAUAAUAUUGGAUUGGUUAAAUGAUCUGCAAAUCAGCAGAUGGUCUUACUUGUCCCAACUCCCGACGCAACUCAUGCUUUUUUAUAUAUAUUUAUUAUUGUAUUUUUUCAUGAAAUUGAUGUUUUUAUUGGAUUUGGUCUAACUGGACAUAGUUGAACGGUGGAUUCCGGAAUAUGAUGAGAUUCAACUGAACAAUGAACAAGCUGGCUUUAAGGGGUGCAUCUGAAAAACUGUGAUCCUUCUGUGAACAGGAAGGGACCUGGAGUUGUUCUGCAGAAUAUUUGAGCUGGUGAUUUGUCUUGGAUUUUAACCAUGUCUGCCUAUGGACGUCAUAUGGAGCGCGAGUACUCCGCCCAGAGUCUUUCGGGUGGAGGUUCAGAGAGGGCAAGCAGUUAUGCCAUGGAGACGGGGUUCUACAUGUCGUCUUUUGCUACGGCAAUCUUCAUUGGUGCACUUGUAGCUGUUGGGGUCUUAUUGAUCACCUUGCUGAUUGCACUGACUGUAAUGCUGCAGUCUUGCGAAAGUAAGAGCCAUGGAGUCGUUGAGACUCAGAAACCGAGUUUCGAUUACAAUCACUGCCAGAUCUUCUCUCUGCAUAUGGAACUCAACGCCGUUGAAGCAGAUCGCUUCCCUUCAAUGUGCAGGGUUGUUGCCCUUCAGUACAUCAAAGAAGGUCAAUACGCAAGAGACUUAAAUUCUACCGUGUCGAUGAUUCAGAAUUAUUUCAGCAGCAUUACCCCAACACACGAUGGUCUCGACGUGGUCUUGAUCGACAUAGAUGACAUUCUUUCUUCAAAUCGUAGACUGCACCGAUAUGAUCAGUAUGGUGGUAGUGAUUUUGUGGAAGAGGCAAAGCAUCUGAAGCAGAUGUUUAUUCUGAGAUUAUAUAUGGAACUUCAUGCUGGUGGUUGGCCUUUGAUUCUGCUCUCAAGAAAACCGGAGGCGGAGCGAAAUUCUUCCAUGGAGGAUCUUAUAUCUGCAGGAUAUAGAGCUUGGUCUUCAUUGAUUAUGAGAUCGGAAGAUGAAUUGCAUAUGGAGAGCCAUGACUACUUCUCCAAACGAAGGGACGCGAUGCAGAGAGAAGGCUUCCGCGCUAUAGCCUCCGUAAGCAGUCACAUGGAUGCUCUAAGAAGUCCAUUUUCAGGCGAGCGGAUUUUCAAGCUUCCAAACCCAAUUUUUUACAAUUUUUCACAUCAAAUUGAGGACAUACAUACAGAUGUGGGCGUCGCCGCAUUGUCUAGAGCGAAUGUGCUCUCCCGUAUACACCCGAAUUUAAAUUCCUCUGCCGUUUAGACUAGUUUAAGUAGAAUAUCGCUUAUACACACAUACACCAAAAAAGUUGUUCUUCCAUGUUGGCACCAUUGAUAUUUGCAUUCCAUACAGAUUUUCAGGAGAUUUCUGAUCUGAACUCUCCACAGCCAUGUAAAUAGCCUCAGUUCUGCUCUGUGUAUUCUCUUGUAAAAAAGUUUCAGUAUAAUUAUUGGUAAUCGCUCUUCA